AUGCCUAUACGUUUGCGAAGCACCGCUCAAAUAAGAACGAAGACGUUUAUCGCUGCGUGCAGUGUAGAAAGGAGAGUAGAAAUCGUGGUGGUCGGUGAUGAAUUCCUGACAGAUCCAUGUGGUCUCUUCCAUGACUGUCUCCCCGAGAGGUACUCGACAGAGAGAGGGACUAGAGCGUUUUUCGAGGAGCUUCAGAGCGUUAGGCAAGACUCGGCAUAUGCUACAAAAAAGCCUGUCCAGAUAUAUUUUGAUCUAAUAAGUAAAUCUCGAGAUGCAGAUGAUGGUACUGAGUCAUUAUGUUACGGUUUUCUCCCUAAGCUAAAUGUUCGUGUUGCAGAAGAUAUGGAGGACGCUAUCAGGGCAGCCAUCAGGAAAUCUGGCUAUCAGGCGCGGAGACGGCAGAUAUCACAGAAUUUGAACAAGUGGGUGGAUCGGUCGGUGACAAUGGAAAAUGUCCCACGCGAAUUUCGGACUCUUCAAGAUGGGUCGCAGUUUCUCCAAUUUCACGAACCGAGAUUCCAUAUAUACUAUUCUGUGCGAACCAUCGAGAUGGCUCUCGAAAACGGGCUUUAUGCAAUCGUCGCGGAUGGUGUGCACACACUGCACCCGAAGAGCCUGGGAUACCAAGCACAACUGUAUUGUGUGCACGGGGUUUGUAACCGAGAAGUGGACCUUCCGUUGAUGUUCUGCAUCACGGAAAAGAAGACGCGUCGGGUUUAUAAGAAGAUUUUUGAGCACUUGAAAGCGAAUCUGCGAGGGGAAACCCCUCGACGCAUAGUGCUCGACUUCGAAAAGGCAGCUAUUCAUGCUGCCAAAAUGGUCUUCCCUACCGCGUCUGUGGAAUGCUGUGCAUUUCAUUUGGCCCAGGCCUGGAGCCGAAAAAGGAACGCACUAACCCUCAAGAAGUACAUCCAAGGCCCCGAAAGAGAUGCCCGCUUCGUAAAGUGGUGGGAAACGUUGAAAGUUACUACGAUUAUGAGUACAGAUGUUCUUGGUAUUACAGGAAUCGUUUUUCUCCCACAAGGGCUACUGCGGGAUGUACGAGCCCUGCACAAUCCUCCAGUACCCAGCGACCACAGUGCCUAUGCAGACUGCCAGGAGUUCCUAGAUUAUUUGAGGACUACCUGGAUUGACGGACCAUUUAAAGGACUGUGGCGGGUCCAAGUGCUUGCAUCGGUCCACCACCCACCAUUGAGCAUCUUGAUCGAUAUUUUGAAGAAGCUCAAUUAUGAGGCUAAAGCUGCUCUCACGCGCCUCAAAGAGGUAAGCAUCCCGGGAGCGUAA